GGCGGUGGCGGCGGCGGCGGCGGCGGCGGCGCGGCAGCGGGUUCCGUUCCGGGCCGCGGCUGGAGACGGAAAAGUUGCGGGGCGGUGAGGAGCGGCCCCGGGACGGUCAGCGAGGGCGACAGCGAGCCGGGGGCCGGCGUCCGCGGACCGGCCAUGGACGAUCUGGACGCCCUGCUGGCGGACUUGGAAUCGACCACCUCCCAUAUCUCCAAACGGCCGGUGUUCUUGUCAGAGGAGCCCCCCUACUCCUACCCAACUGGAAACCACACCUACCAGGAGAUUGCGGUACCCCCUCCUGUCCCGCCGCCCCCGUCCAGCGAGGCCCUCAAUGGCACGAUCCUUGACCCCUUAGACCAGUGGCAGCCUAGUGGUUCCCGAUACACUCACCAGCAGCCUCCGUCCCCGUCACCCGUGUACGUCCCCAGUGCUAAAGGUUGCAGUGCCUCCAACCCCCAGGACGGCUCUCUGUGCUCCCGAGCCGGCGAGGAAGAGCACGUGUACAGCUUCCCCAACAAGCAGAAGUCAGCGGAGCCUUCACCUACCGUGAUGAGCUCCUCCCUGGGCAGCAACCUCUCUGAACUUGACCGCCUGUUACUAGAACUGAACGCCGUGCAGCAUACCCCUCCAGGCUUCCCUGCAGAUGAGGCCAACUCAAGCCCCCCACUGCCUGGAGCCUUGAGCCCUCUCUAUGGCAUCCCAGAGAACAAUAAUUCCUUGGGAGGAAAAACGGGGUCACCGAUGAAAGAGAAGCCGAAGCGAAAUGGAGGCCGGGGCCUGGAGGAUGUUCGGCCCAGCGUGGAGAGCCUCUUGGAUGAACUGGAGAGUUCUGUGCCCAGCCCUGUCCCGGCCAUCACUGUGAACCACGGAGAGAUGAGCAGUCCACAGCGAGUCACCUCCAGCCAGCAGCAGACACGCAUCUCAGCCUCCUCUGCCACCAGGGAGCUGGACGAGCUCAUGGCCUCGCUGUCAGAUUUUAAGACGAGCUCUUCUGCUGUGGUGCUGAGCUCCCAGGGGCUGCUGGCCAGCUCUUCUCCGUCCUCACCCCUCACUCUUCUUCAUCCUCCUCCUCCUCCCCCCAGGGAAUCCUCCCCUGGAGGCCACAUCCCAGAGGUCCUCAGCAGGGGAGGAAAUAGUCAGGUCCUUCUACCUUCCGUAGCUCCCAGAAAGCUUGAUGUGGUCAGUCUCGAGGGGACAUCUGCCACUCAGAACUCAAGGUGUCCUUCUGUGGAGGGUUCUCAGCAAUCAUUUGGUGCUAAGAGCCAGGCUCAGCUUAGGAAUGACCUUAUGGACUCCAUGAGUGAGCCCUUUAGGACUCCCCUCUGCCACACUCCAUACCCUGCUGCGAGCACAGGGUCUCAGAGACUACUGGCCAACGAUGUGUGUUCAGAGGAGACUGUGGCUCCCGUUUGGAGAUGGCCACAGGCUGUGACAGCAUCCAGGCCUGAGACUCCUCAUGGAGUGGCUUGCAGCUUUCAGGAAGGGAUUGAGCCAGCUCUUGUGGCGGUGGACAGGCAGGCUGUCCUCCCAGACACCUGGAGUCUUCCCAAGGAAUGUGGCCAGCAGGAGCGAGCACAGUCAGAACCAGGGGCCCCAGGAAGCAGCUGCUGUGCCCCAGCUGAUGAGCAGUUAGGCGGAAAGAUUCCCGGGAGGGGAAGCCCGGAGGGGCCAACCCAGGCACUCGAGAACCCAAGGAACCCAGAAGGUGCCACCGAAGUCGCUCUGGAGGCCGGGAAGGAAGAGCUGAAGCUUCCUCAUGCCAUGGUCAUGGGCACACCCAACACCUCGGAGAGGAUUUCCACCGCUGGCCAGAUCCGCUCUGUGAUCAGGAGGAGCCGGGAGACGGGCCACAUCCAUCCCAUGUCCCGGGAGCCCUCCCCUCGCCGCCGGCUGGACCCUGCUACCCUGAGCAGGACCCCAUCCCAGGAGUUGCUCACUGCAGAGCUGCAGGGCCGGCUGGGCAUCCAGCUGGAGGCGGAAGAGGCAGCAGAGGCCUCUGCCCAGGACUGGCUGACCGAAGGCAUUGUCAUCACUGUGCAGCCUCGUGGGAGGCGGGCCAGGGGGCAGCUGGUAGAGAAGGUCGUCUACCCUCCCCCCAACUCUCCCAUUCCUCUGAGAAGAACCCUCUCUGUUGUGGCUCCUCUUCCUGACCCUUUGCUCCAGCGUCACCCUGACACCUUGGCCAGCCGCUCUCCUCUCCGGCCCAGCCUGCCCACUCCCUCCUGUCCAGGGCCCUUGGCUGGGGCCUGUGCUUCUUCUGGGGUCCAGAGUGCAGGGCCAAAGCCCCAGGAGGAGGACGGUCACGGCCCUCCUGGUCUCACCUCUGUACCCCACUCCAUGAGGUCUGUGGGCUGCCAGGCCAGCGAGGACCCACCCUUGCACCCGAUGCAGAUGCACGGCCUGGAACAGAGGGCAGACGGAGAGCGGCAGUGGGCAGCCGGCUGGCCCCCCAGCAGCAGGCAGAGCAGCCCUGAAGGGCAGGACGAGGGAGGGUUCAUGGCCCAGGGGAAAACUGGGAGCAGCUCACCCCCUGGGGGGCUCUCAAAGCCUGGAAGCCAGCUUGACAGCAUGCUGGGAAGUCUGCAGUCUGACCUGAACAAGCUGGGGGUCGCCACGGUUGCCAAAGGGGUCUGUGGGGCCUGCAAGAAGCCCAUUGCUGGGCAGGUUGUGACUGCCAUGGGGAAGACAUGGCACCCCGAACACUUCGUCUGCACCCACUGCCAGGAGGAGAUCGGGUCCCGGAACUUCUUCGAGCGGGACGGACAGCCCUACUGUGAAAAGGAUUACCACAGCCUCUUCUCCCCACGGUGUUACUACUGUAACGGGCCCAUCCUGGAUAAAGUAGUGACUGCGCUCGACCGGACGUGGCACCCAGAACACUUCUUCUGUGCUCAGUGUGGAGCCUUCUUCGGUCCAGAAGGGUUCCAUGAGAAGGACGGUAAAGCCUACUGUCGGAAAGAUUAUUUCGACAUGUUCGCGCCCAAGUGUGGCGGCUGUGCCCGAGCCAUCCUGGAGAACUACAUCUCCGCUCUCAACACCCUCUGGCACCCCGAAUGCUUUGUGUGCAGGGAGUGCUUUACGCCUUUCGUCCACGGCAGCUUCUUUGAGCACGAUGGGCAGCCGUACUGUGAGGUUCACUACCACGAGCGGCGCGGCUCGCUGUGCUCUGGUUGCCAGAAGCCCAUUACCGGCCGCUGCAUCACCGCCAUGGCCAAGAAGUUCCACCCCGAGCACUUCGUCUGUGCCUUCUGCCUCAAACAGCUCAACAAGGGCACCUUCAAGGAGCAGAAUGACAAGCCCUACUGCCAGAGCUGCUUCCUGAAGCUCUUCUGCUAGGCCCCGCCCAUCGGCCACCCCUCCCCAGCCAGCGCCACCCACUGCUACUGCGACCCAGGGACCUCACCCAGGGGUGACGGGCCAAUCCAACACAAACAACUGGAACCGUGUCCACGGCAGGUGUAGGGCAGGACUGUGUGUGGGGGUGUGGGUUGGGGGGUUCUGCCUCUUUCUCACCCACGCCAGGGCUUCAGGGGCCUCCUUCCCCUUCUCCGGCUCUCCCAGGCUCUGUGUUGGGGCCCAGUCGUUCCUAAGUGUGUUCUCACGAGCCAGCCCCCCCACACCGGAGUCUCUCACAGUCACCGUCAGCAGUGGAGUCGGAGUGGGAGGGCAGCGAGGGUCAGCUAGGGGCUCUUUUUAUCCUAAUUCCUCUCAGCCCAAUUACUCGGAGCAUAUUGGGGACACCAGGCCCCCUUGAGACAAUGCCAGCAUAAACUCACCCACAGGCCACCAAAGGCACUUUGGGUUCCACGCCCAGUGUCCCAGAGUCUGGGCGACUGCCCCGUUUAUACCUACUUAGCCCGGGUUUACCGAGAAAAGCUUCUCCAGCAAUAAUAUUUUAUAUAGCCACAUUUCUGUCUCUGGGGAUGUUGUGAGGUGGGGAGGGUCACCUGUGCCUCAACACUGUACUGGUUUUGAUAGAUUUCUACCCUGAGGUUCGACUUUGUAUUGCUUUUACCUCUCUACAAGAUGAUUUUGAAGAGAUUUAAAGGGCGUCCCCUUUUGUAUUCUUGUCUUUGUCCACUGUCACGGGUCCUGCCAGAGGCCUCGUGUGGACUUUGCUUUGUACUGAGGGCUUGGGAUGGGGAAACAAUUUGUAUUUUAUUUUGUUCCUUAGCACAAGCAAGUAGAGACCCCUUCUGUAACUUCACAGCUCCCCAGAACUGUUUUUAAACUGCUGUAUUUUUAACCCUCUCCCUUACUGCCCAGGCCAAUAGGCUCUCUCUCCAUUAAGAAUGGUCUAAGGACAUUCAGCCCUUCGGACCUGGAACUUUGAACCUCAUGUGUCCUGUUCCCAAGGGAGGCAAAGGGGACAGUUUGUAUUUGGGGUCUACUCCCUGCCUGAGUAAGCCAUCAGGAGCCAGCCUGUGCUCCCCAUGAACUUUCUGGCAACAAGGAGAACCCACUGAACACGCUCAGCUGCCUCAUUGCUCCUCUGGGGCUCUGUCUUCUGCCUUCUCAGGAAAGCUGGUGUCUGGUUUUGACCAGGAAGACUAUAAGGGUUUCUGGCUCGAUUCUACUGGGUGCAUCGCUUCCUCAAACUUCCUGGUGACGGGGGCAAAGGUUGCUCCCUCUCACAGGUGGGAUUCAUGCUUGAGGAGGGGGAGGGGGUUUCUGGGAAGAAUGCCCUAAGUCGGUGAAGGGAGCCUGGUAGGAUUUGGGCAGAGGGACAAGGUCCUGUUAGAGCGAUGGGAGGCUCCAUAGCUCCCAUUCCAAAGGAUGAAACAGGAGCAGCCAGCCCCGGAACAGGCAUGUCCGAAGGUUCCAGAGGCAGGGGACCCAGACAUUACGUCGGCUUCCUAGUCGAGGCCCAUUGUGAUGGGAUCCCAGACAAGGAUCCUCGGUCAAGGCCUGGGCUAGCAGCAGCCCAGGUCCGGGAAGGUGAGCAUAGCGCUCCAGAGGUCUGACACGGCGCUGGCGGCACUUCCACCCACAGGCCUUACUGCUCUGUUUACAGUGGUCUGCUCCAGGCCCCUCUCCAGGAAGAGACUGGGGUGUCUGGAGGGCCAUUCUCUGGGUCAAUGGAUAUGUGAUCGUUUGACUUUUUUCUUAGAAACUUCUAACCUGGCUUUUUCCAUUUCAAUUCCUGUGAUUUAUGCCAAUAAAGUCUGCCAAUAUUUUCA